UUGCUAUUAUUGCUCAUGCCCUGGUUCCUCCCCCACUGAGCCUUGACUUGCCAGCGUUUAGCUCGUUUUAGACCAGUACCGCUUGCUCAACAACAAGAAAGCAUGUCGGCAAUUUCCUCUGAAGGCGUCGGUAGAAAAGAGUGAAACAAAAAAAGGUUUUGCCAUCACCGCUGCCCACUGGACUAGUCACACUCGGCACGCACGAAAGCGCCACUGCAGAAGCUGCCAUGACCAAUACAAAACCCUGCUGCUGGUGGUGGUGCCGGAGUCAUGAAUAAGCGCAGCAUUUCCUUCUGUUUGUAAAUGGAGGGGUGUGUAUCAAGGAGGAGGAGGCAGAUGGCUCACUGUUUAAAUUGGUCGGAUUGACAUCCCAGCCCCCAGUGUGAGAUUUAUCACAAGCCGACAAGGUUUGACAGGAGUCGAGAUUUGGCUUUGUGCUUAAGCAGAAGGCGAGAUGUAGCUGUUCGUUGGGUUGUGAGAAAAAUGACUCUGGGUUAUUGCCUCUAAUUGUUCAGCAAUGGUUAAAUGAAUGAAGACACUUUGAAAUGAUAGACUAAUAGAGUGAAACCAUGGGGCAAAGGAAGAAAGCGUGUCCCCGGUUGCUGGAUUACUUGGUGAUCAUUGGUGCCAGGCAGCCGAGCAGUGAUAGCAUUUCUCAGACCCCUGAGCUUUUGCGACGUUAUCCUUUGGAGGAUCAUCCUGAGUUUCCGCUUCCCCCUGAUGUAGUGUUUUUCUGUCAGCCUGAAGGAUGCCUGAGUGUCCGGCAGAAACGCAUGAGCCUGCGCGAUGACAUGUCCUUUGUUUUCACUCUGACCGACAAAGAUAGUGGUGUCAUUCGAUAUGGAAUCUGCGUCAAUUUCUACCGCUCUUUCCAGAAACGCCUACCAAAGGACAAGAGCCGUAAACCCCCAAAGCCAGCAUCCGAAAAUGGUUCUGAGGGAUCCGAUGGAGGCCAUCCCAUGCAGCCCCAUAGCGCUGAAUCCACCCCUGAUAUCAAUCAAUCUCCCCGUGGGAAACGUCUUUCUAAAGGGAUGCAAAGGUCCCGGAACAGUACAUUGACCUCGCUUUGCAUCAUCAGUCACUAUCCUUUCUUUUCAACAUUCCGAGAAUGUCUGUACACCUUGAAGCGGUUAGUUGACUGCUGCAGUGAGAGACUAGUUAGUAAGAAGGCUGGUGUCACCAAAGGAGUUCAGAGAGAUACCAUGUGGAGGAUCUUCACCGGCUCCCUGCAGCUGGAGGAAAAACCCAACGUGCUCCUGCAUGACCUCCGAGAAAUAGAAGCAUGGAUCUACCGCUUGUUGCGCUCCCCCACUCCGGUUCCAGGCCAGAAGCGAGUUGAUGUGGAGGUCCUGCCUCUCGAUCACCAACCACCCCUGACCUUUGCCCUUCCUGAUCCCUCGCGGUUCUCACUGGUGGAUUUCCCCUUGCACCUGCCCUUGGAACUUCUUGGGGUGGAGGCGUGCUUGCAGGUUCUGUCCUGCAUCAUGUUGGAACACAAGGUGGUCAUGCAGUCCCGCGACUACAACGCGCUGUCUAUGUCUGUGAUGGCGUUUGUGUCUAUGAUUUACCCACUUGAAUAUAUGUUUCCUGUUAUUCCUCUUCUGCCCACUUGCAUGGCUUCUGCCGAACAGCUGCUUCUCGCCCCCACCCCAUACAUAAUCGGGGUCCCUGCCAGCUUCUUUCUCUACAAGUCGGACUUUAAGAUGCCAGAUGACGUGUGGCUGGUUGAUCUUGACACUAAUAAGGUGGUUGCUCCCACCAAUGCAGACCUGUUGCCUGUUCUUCCAGAACCAGAGGCCUCAGAACUGAAGAAGCACCUUAAACAGUGUCUACACAGCAUGUCCGUGAUCACGCAGCAGCGUCUUCUCGCCUCAGAUAACAAGGCAUUGGCUAGCAUGAGUCUGAACACUCAGCCUAUCCUCAAUUUGGACCGAUUUCACGAAGGCCCAGACGCUGCACUGUUGAAAGCCCCCAGUGAUGCACAGGGAACUCCCUCCACAGAAUUUAAUCCUCUUAUAUAUGGAAAUGAUGUUGACUCUGUGGAUGUGGCAACAAGGGUUGCCAUGGUACGUUUCUUUAACUCCCCGAAUAUGUUGCACAGUUUCCAAAUGCACACACGCACCCUGCGCCUUUUCCCUCGUCCAGUCGUGGCUUUCCAAUCCUCUUCCUUCCUGGCAGCACGGCCCAAGCCCUCCCUUUUUACUGAGAAGCUUUCCAAAACGCAGGCAGUGGAAUUCUUUGGGGAGUGGUCCCUGAACCCCACUAACUUUGCAUUCCAGAGAAUCCACAACAACAUGUUUGACCCUGCUCUGAUUGGGGAUAAGCCCAAGUGGUAUGCACACCAGCUGCAGCCCAUUCACUACCGUGUAUAUGAUGCUAACUCACAGCUUGCGGAAGCAUUUUGUGUGCCAGCAGAGAGGGACAGUGACUCUGAUCCUACUGAUGACAGUGGCAGCGAUAGUGUGGAAUAUGAUGACUCCAGCUCUUCCUACUCUUCUCUUGGAGACUUUGUCAGCGAAAUGAUGAAAUGUGAUAUUAAUGGGGACACUCCAAAUGUAGAUCCGCUGACGCAUGCAGCGCUUGGAGAUGCCAGUGAGGUUGAAUUUGAUGACUUCCAAGAAUACUCAGGAGAAAUAGAGGAGAACAAUGGCGAUAGCGAGAACUCACAAGAUAACAACCAGCCUCGCUCUGGAUCUAGCACCACAGCCAGCAGCAGCCCCAGUACCGUUAUACACGGGGCUAACACGGAAUCAGCCGAUUCUGCAGAGCCCGAAGAGAAAGUUAUGGGUGUGUUGCAAAAUCACUUGCCAGUUUUGCCACCCACAUUCACCCGGUUAGCCAUGGAGAGGCGGGAGAGUGAUGUGUCACUGGGUGGCGGAGAGGCACGAAGACGAGAGUAUGACAACCCCUACUUUGAGCCACAGUAUGGAUUUCCUCCAGAGGAGGAGAAUGAUGAACGGGAGGAGAGCUAUACACCGAUGUUUAACCAGAGUGUGAAUGGUACCCGAUCCCCGAAGCCUCUGCUUCGGCCCAAUAGCUUGAAGCUUGCAAGUGAUUCUGAUGCCGAGACAGAUUCUCGGGGUAGUUCUCCCACGUCAACUGUGUCCAACAACAGCAGCAAUAACGAAGGCUUUGGAGGCAUCAUGUCCUUCGCCAGCAACCUGUAUAAAACUCACAGCAGUAGCUUUAGCUUAUCGAGCCUGACGCUGCCGAGCAAAAGCCGAGACAAGGCCACUCCCUUCCCCAGCCUGAAAGUAUUUGGGCUUAAUACUAUAAUGGAGAUUAUUGCAGACUCCGGUCCCGCCCCUGCAGAAGGCAGUAACAGACGUGCUCUUGUUGACCAGAAGUCUUCAGGUAUAAAGCACAGCCCUACAGUCAAGCGAGAAUCUCCCUCUCCUCAGGGAAAAUCAAACAACUCCAGUGAGAACCAGCAGUUCCUAAAGGAGGUGGCGCUGGGUGUUCUGGAGGGCCAAGGGGUAGGAUGGCUGAACAUGAAAAAGGUGCGGCGAUUACUGGAGAGCGAGCAGCUGCGCGUAUUUGUGCUAAGCAAAUUGAACAGGUCCAUCCAGACAGAAGAAGAUGCUCGCAAUGAUGUCAUCCAGGAAGUGGAAAUAACCCGAAAAGUGUAUAGGGGCAUGCUGGACCUGCUGAAGUGCACCGUAUCGAGCCUCGAGCAGACUUAUGCCAAUGCUGGCCUGGGAGGAAUGGCCAGUGUCUUCAGCUUACUCGAGAUUGCUCAUACUCACUAUUACAACAAAGAACCGGAAAAAAGGAAGCACAGUCCGUCUGCCGAUGGAGCUGUCACCCCUGUGUCUAGGGAUCCUGUCUCAGCUCCGAGGGUAGAGUCUCGACCCGCCCCUCAGCUGCCUGCCAAGCAGCUCUUGCCCCGCCCAUCAGGCCCCGCUGGCAGAGGGGCACGCGAGUUUGACACCCGGAGUCUUAAAGAAGAGAAUUUUGUGGCAUCCAUUGAGUUGUGGAACACGCAUCGGGAAGUGAAAAAGCAAAAAGCUAUGGAUAAACAGAGUACCAAGCCAGCACCGCCUUUGGUUGAUAGUGGGGAAACAGAGGAAAAGAAGUCCCAGAUUAGCGCCGAUAGUGGCCUGAGCGUCACAUCUGGUUCUCAGCGAAGCGAUCUAGACACGGGCAGCAUAGGACCCUCCAUCCUUAUCCGAAGUAGCAGCCAGGAUUCGGAAAUCAGCACAGUGGUGAGUAACAGCUCAGGGGAAACACUGGGAGCCGACAGCGACUUAAGUAGCAACGCAGGGGAUGCCUUGGGCGGCCCAGGAGGAAGCCACCUCUCGGGAUCCAGAGGGGCUGUGUCCGACAGCGAGAUUCAGAUGAACUCAUUCACCGGAGCCAUCUUUGGAAAGCCUCAGAUGCUCCGCCCUGGUGAGAAAGAAAGGAAUGUGAGUCCUGGGCGCCCCCAGCAAGACUUGAGCCAACGCAUAUACCUGUAUGAGGGGCUUUUAGGAAGAGAUAAGGGCUCAGUCUGGGACCAGCUGGAAGAUGCAGCCAUGGAAACCUUCUCAUUGAGUAAGGAGCGUUCCACUCUGUGGGACCAGAUGCAGUUUUGGGAGGAUGCUUUCCUAGACGCUGUUAUGCUGGAGAGAGAAGGAAUGGGUAUGGACCAAGGCCCACAGGAGAUGAUAGACAGGUAUUUCUCUCUUGGCGACCAUGACCGGAAGCGCUUAGAGGAUGAUGAGGAUCGCCUGCUGGCCACUCUUUUGCACAAUAUGAUUGCCUAUAUGAUCAUGAUGAAGGUGAAUAAGACAGAUCUACGCAGGAAGGUCAGGCGUAUCCUUGGAAAGUGCCACAUAGGCUUAGUGCACAGCCAACAAAUUAAUGAACUGCUGGACAGGGUGACUGACAUGAAUGGCCGCGAUCUCAGUAUUCGUCCCAGUGGGAGCCGUCACAUCAAGAAGCAAACCUUUGUAGUGCAUGCUGGGACAGACACAAGUGGGGACCUUUUCUUUAUGGAGGUUUGUGACGACUGCAUCGUCCUUCGCAGCAACAUCGGUGCCGUGUAUGAACGUUGGUGGUACGAAAAACUUAUUAACAUGACUUAUUGUCCCAAGACUAAAGUGCUCUGUCUGUGGAGGAGAAAUGGCCAAGAAACUCAGCUCAACAAAUUCUUCACCAAGAAGUGCCGGGAGCUGUACUACUGUGUGAAGGAGAGCAUGGAACGGGCGGCAGCACGACAGCAGAGCAUAAAGCCAGGGCCGGAACUUGGCGGAGAGUUUCCUGUCCAGGACAUGAAGACAGGAGAAGGGGGUCUUCUUCAAGUUACCUUGGAGGGAAUUAACCUAAAAUUCAUGCACAGUCAGGAGCGGAAGGUUUUCAUACAGCUGAAUCAUAUUAAAAAGUGUAACACUGUACGGGGCGUCUUUGUCCUGGAGGAAUUUGUUCCUGAAACUAAAGAAGUGGUGAGCCACAAAUACAAGACACCCAUGGCCCAUGAGAUCUGCUACUCCGUCCUGUGUCUUUUCUCCUACGUGGCCGCCAUCAGAGGAAAGGAGGCAGAGCUGAAGAGUAGACCCCCUCGGCCUGUGUCAAGCUGACCUACCACCUCCCUCGUCAACCACAACCUUGGUCCCCAGUCCACCCCCUUCCAUGCAGCCAGCUGUUACCUGGGUAUAUUGGUACAACAUUCCCUCCAGCCAUGGAGCCUGCACAAAUACCCAUGUAUUAGCUCCACUACAUGUCUUGAUAGUUUUUUUUUUUUUAUAUACCUCCCCCCGCUUGUGUGUCGUGUGCUUUGCGUGUUACUGGCAGUCCUGCAAGGAGUUACGCUCAACUCUUCCAGAUCUACAGACGUGUGUCUUCAUUUUCUGGUUCCACAUUCAUGCUUUAUAUAGUGUGUUGGUGUUAUUGUCGCUGACUGCUAGCAUAGGACUGAGUGGGACUGCUUCGGUUAUAUUGGGAGGGGAGGAUGAAGAAAUCACGCAGGCUUUUUGCCAGCUCAAGCACACACCCGGCUUCUCCAUCACAAGUGGAACCACCUGCAUCUGACCCAUUGGCUACCAGAACCUGGGACUCUACCCUCCUCUAGGUGUCCUGGUAACUUAUGGGCAAACAGUGGCUGAACUUGAAGCAGACGGUAAUCUUCAUGGUACUUAAUGUAAAUACUGCGUAUGUGAAACUACUGUCUGUAUCUUUCCCUGGCACAAGAUGUAAAUAUCCAAGUCUUUCUUAUUUAUAGAAAUCUGUACAGUUCCAUGAAUGUGCAAUAAACGGCAUUCUGAUGCAGUCCUCA